ACAGAAAAUGAAAAAGUAGCCAGAAAACCUAGGCAAAAGUCUUUUACUUCUGUGGAAGGGACCAGCAACCAGAGUAACAUUUGCGAUAUUGAAACGCAAGACAACAUUGAUCUUGAUAUUAGCUCAAGAAUUCCAGAUGAAAGAGAGGCACUCAGAACUUUUCGGAAAGAUGUGCUACAGGUGAGACUGAAAAAUGCUUGCGAGGAAUACUUUAUUGCUAAGCAGCUUCUGCUAAGUCAGGCAGAAGAGGAAAAGAAAAAAAACAAUGAAAAGUGGUUGGAACGCCAGAAGAAUGUUGAUGAUGUAUGGGAUGCAAACAGGGAAGACAUGAUGCAAGCAAUUAUUGUGCAUGCAGCUCCAGCUGUAACACCCCGCUGUAAGCAGUGUCACAUGGAAACCACCAUUUGUGUGCGUUGUGCAUCAUGUAAAGAGGUGUUAUGCUUUGAGUGUGAUUUUAGUUAUCACAGAACAAAGCCCUUCCAUACGCGUCAAUGUAUGCAGCUGGACUCAUCUUUUCCAUUAAAACCAACCCAGUUCCUUGAUUCCAGUGGAAAUAUUUUUGAAAAAUAUGUUCAUGUGCCAUUGUUUCUACCAACUGAAUGCUCCAAUUGUAGAGCCGAAGGGAGCCUGAAAUGCCAGGCCGGUUCAAAAUCGAUUGCUGUUAUCACUCGUGAUGGUCGCUUUGAUCUCUCAAACACUUCUUUUUGCUGCUCGAAAUGCCUUUGCAUAGCAGAAGCAAGUGUUGAAGUAUAUCUUCAGUCUGGAUUUUGGCCUGGAUGUCCGACGUCCUUAACGUAUUUGUUCUCCACAGAUGUACUGGAACAUUGGACUCAUCUCAAGCAUCAGCUGCCGGGGUCCUCAGAACGUAAAUAUCUAACAAUUUUAGAGGAAUUAUCAAAAACAAGAGGCAGAUUCGAUGUCAUCAGCCGGGUUCAUUUUGCUCGAGCUUCGAGAGAGUACGAAUAUAUGCAACAUCAAAUUAACACGAAAAUUUUGUCCCGGCAAGUUAUGGUUUGUAAAGCAUGCGGUGUGAAACCCAAAGCUUUGCACGUUGAUGGAAAUUUUAAGCUUUAUCGAUGGCGUUUAUCUCACAUCAAAGAUAGAUCUCGCUCUCUUUUUAAUAGUGAUAUUAUUCACUCUGAUGAAGAUGUGAAGAGCCAUGUAGAAUUGAUUGACUCUGUUAAGCCCAGGGGAAAAGGCAAAGAUACUUGUGGAGAUUCCGCAUAUACCGCUAGCCGUCUAGAAUCCAAUCGGAAGAAAAACAUGGACCAAACGGGAGUUCUAAUGGGUUCUUGCCGUCACGGAGUUAUUCUAGGAGCGGCGAAUAUGGGUCGUGGGGAGACAUAUCGUCAUGUCCAUUUUCUUCAUAGCAAAAUUUCUUGCGAAUUCUUUUGUCAAGAUGUCGUGUGCAAAUAUUUCUCCUUUGCUGAAGAAAUUGGCAAAACAAAGGGACUCGAAAGAUUUGCACAAGUAACGCAGAAUUGUACUGGCUUCCUGUCCCGAUGGCACGGAAAAACUCACUCAUGGCCAUGCCAAUUGUUAUGGGGUGGAAGUUGGAAACUCCAUGCAGCUGCUACCACGGGGGAGGAACAAGAACAAGUCUUUUCAACAAUGUCGCGAUAUUCCAACACAACCCGUUAUAUGAGUGAUGCUUCCCGAAGGGAUCAUCUAAGCGCUGCAAUCGGAUAUUGGAAUAGGCGAAAAGAAGAAAAUAUGGGGAAAACUCUUGUCAAGCGUUUGCUAAAAGCUCGGAAGAAGGUCGCCUGUCUAGAAAAAGAAUUUGAUUCCUUGAUGAGAGAAAGAGGGCUAGUGGAAGAAGAUCUGCCAAAGAUACUGGAACACCUUCGCACUAAGGCAAUAAAUUCUCAUGAUAAAAUUGCUUCGACAAACUGGCCUCUCGCAUAUGAAAAAGAAGACUUAGAGGGACUUUAUCUUCAAAUACAUAGGUUGCAAUAUAGGAUAGAAACAGUAGCCGUUUCAUCUAAAGAGAGAACAAAAUUAAGAAAAGGAAUUACCAAAGCUAAAAAAAGGGCCGAAGGGCAUAUCUUGUUUGUUAAUCAAAUGAUUGAAAAUUGCCAAACAAAAUUGCAGCCUAAAGUUGCUGAAGCUGAAAUUAGAACCUGGCGGAAAGUCGAACCAACUGACUUCACUGAAGGAAUUUUCCCAUGGCAAACAGAAGGAUCGGUUUCUGGUCGAGGCAAUUUUCACCUGAUCGACCUGUGGAUGCUCCUAAGAAGAUUUAAAGAAGAAGUAACUGAAACUCCCAUCGAAAUGUUUCGAUACUUGGAUUCGUUAUCACAUCUCAAAAAGUCACUGGAACUAAGUUUGUCAUGUUCUGAAUUACCUUUAAAUCGAGGGAAACGUUUUCUUGUAUGUAAUGAAAUAAAAAAAAUUGAAACUAACCUAGCUUCCUCGCUCUCACUUUUUGAGGAAUACUUACCGCCAGAUAAACACGACGUGUUUUAUGAAUUUUACAAUAGUUCUGAAGAUUAGAGUGAUUGUGAGUCUGAUAGCGAUGAUGAACUGGUUGAGGAAUAAUUGUAAGAUGACAAAUUAACAGUGAAAUGCAACAAUAUUUGUAUAGCUACAGAACUGGAAU